GUGACCACCAUAAUAAUCCCAUCACGACGACACCAACAGCGACCCAGUAACCCAAACCCAAAACGAAACCAGCGAUCCUUAAUCCCCAGAGAUAAACAACCCUACUCAACUUCCCCGGCAUCCAAAUCUGCAACCUCUCCUCCCCCCCUUCCCAUUUGCGUGCAGAUCUAUCCACCCACCCCAGGGCCUCCGAUUUGGAUCGCCCCCGAUCGUAAGCAGAUCGGAUUUAUGCAGUCUUACUGCUGCGAGCGCCAGUCAUGCCGUGCAGCUUGGGAGGGGAGGCGAGCUUGAGCACUCGUGGCAAGGAGGAGCCCGGGGCCGCUGGGCGGCAAUGUCCGGCAUGUCGGACUCCGGGGCGGGCGGCCGCGCGGGGGCGGAGUUGAUGGCGGAACAGUUCCACCUCAAGGUGCUCCACGCGGUCCUCGCCGUGCGCGCGCCGCGGCCGCUUGCCGCUGCGCAGGCGGCGGCCGCGUCAGCGUCGUUCCGCCGGAGAGACAGGUGGUUCCACCUCCCGCUCCACGACCCGCCACCGCCGCCCGAGGCCGAGCUCCUGGAGGCGCCGCCCCCUGGGGAGCCGCUCGUGGUGGAUAUCCACCUGGCCCCAGCCGGCAGUGGGGGAGCAGGAGGGGAAGUGGUGGAGAGGUGGACGGUUGCGUGCGAGCCCUGGCCGGACGCUGCGGCUUCGGCGGCGGGCGAGGGGAUGGCUGUGAACCGGGCGUACAAGCGGUGCAUAACCCUGCUGAGGUCGGUGUAUUCCACGCUGCGCCUGCUCCCGGCGUACCGUGUCUUCCGUCUCCUCUGCGCCAACCAAUCCUACAACUACGAGAUGGGCUACCGCGUUGGCUCCUUCGCCGUGCCUUUUUCACGCGCCGAGGAGGCAGCCAUGCGCUCCCAUCGCUUCCUCCCCGUUGAGACCCAGCCUGGCCGUCUUGUCGUCUCCGUCCAGUACCUCUCCAGCCUCACUGCAUUCAACCUAGAGAUAUCCUCCCUCUCGCCCUCCAUGUUGAUUACCAACUACGUAGGCAGCCCAGCAGCUGAGCCAAUGCGUGCCUUCCCUGCUUCACUCACCGAAGCCACUGGCUCUGCUUUCCCACAGUCCUAUCAGCAGCAGCGUCCGCACAGCUGGGCUCCGCCUGCGCUCUGGCCGCAACCACCGAUGCAGCAAAUGAGAUUUUCACCACCGCCAUUGCAUUAUGCUUCACCGACACCAUCGCCCCCCACCUUUUCUGGUGGGUACCUGCGGUCACCUCUAAGGGGGGAGUCUGCACCGGUGACCAUACCAGGCGAGAGAAGGAGCCCCGUGCACCGUCAGAACAUGCUGGACCCAAUUAAAGGGUUAAUGCUGCCACCGCCAUCUCCGAGGAGAGGAGAGAAGGGGGCAGCAGGGUCACAAGAGUCGCCAUCAGAGAUCAGCCGGUCAUUUGGUAGGGCAGAAGGACUUAGGAUGGUCGAUCCUUAUGGGAGCUCUUCACCAGGAUCCAAGGUCAAGGACAGCAAGGAUGAAUCUGGUAGAUUCUCUGCACUCUCUUCUUGUGAUUCCCCUCGGCAAGAUGAUCUAGAUGAUGCAGAUUAUCCUUUUGCUGUGGAUGACGUUGAUCCACCAUUCUCCCGACCUGGGAGCAGUGAUGGUAAGGAAGCUGGAGAUCAGGCAGGUUCAUCAUCCCAUAAAUCACAAGAUGCAGCCGUUGGCUCUCUGGUUCACCUGCUGAGAACAGCACGCCCGCUGCGUGAUUCGAGCUAUUCAUCUCAAACAGCAGGGGUCGAGUCUAGCGAGGUAGCCUCAGCCAGUUCUGUCAUGUCACGUAGGACAUCUGAUGCACUCGAGGAGCUCCAGUCUUUCAAAGCAAUCAGGGAGAGACUGCUGUCCGGGAGUAGAGCAAAAGAGCGAGAGUCGCCGGAGAAACCAUAGCACCAUUCUUUCCUUGUUUCUCUUAACUUCGCCACGGAAGAUCCCUGCAGGCAAGAUAGGCUAUGCUGGAAGCCCAGCGAUAUUUUGUUGAAGCAUUGGUGUAUAUAACUGAUGAUUUGAUGCUUUUAGUUGGAGAUAAAAACUCGUCAUGACUCUAGAACGAUUGUUAUCCGCUGCUGUUUAUACGCUCUUGUAUACUUGGAAAGUACACGUAGGUGGAGCCUUGGCUGAACGUACUGCUGUAGUGUGUGCGUCUGUAAAUUAUGUAACUGCACUGAACCCAAUUGUUCAUUCAACAUCAAUGGUAAGUAUUGCUCGCUCUCUCAGAA